UCUCCGUCCCUUGCCUGGCCUCUGUAAUCUCUACCUCUCUGUCUCUUUCCUUUGGUCUCCUUCUCUGUCUACUUUCCCCAUCUGCAUCUAUCCAUGCACUAUGGCUGCCCAGAGCCCCUGCCCUGAGCCUUUUUUCUACUUACAGCCUGACCACAUGAUGACCAGGUGGGCUCUGCUGGUGCUGAUGGUCCUGACAUCCGGCAGGGCCCUGCUUGGCCCCACGACCCCUAUUCCAGCCUUCCAGCUCGUCUCUCAGAACCCUCCCCAAGCCACUUCCUGCCCUGUGGCCUCGGAGAGCCCCUCACCCAGUACCACCGGCCCCUCCACUGCUUGGGGCCACCCCAGCCCUGGCCCCCGCCCAGGCCCCCGCAUCACCCUCUCGCUGGAUGUCCCCAUUGGCCUCCUGCGGAUCUUACUGGAGCAAGCCCGGGCCAGAGCUGUGAGGGAGCAGGCCACUGCCAAUGCUCGCAUCCUGACCCAUGUUGGCCGCCGCUGAGCCUGAAGGCGGGGGUCACAGUGAUGGGGCCACUCUGAAUUAGGAGACCUGGAAGGCAGCAGCAGAACAGGACAGCACUACAUCUGGGCACAGUGUGCCUGGCCACCACCCUGGACAUCGCCAUAUCGGGUGACUGCCAAAUGGAGUCUUGCCAUAUCUAGAGCCCCACAGGCUUACAAUAUGUCUGGACAGCUUGGACACUACCGUGGAAUGUCACUACUGUGUGGAGUCUUGCCAUGUCUGGGUGCCCCACAGUCAAAGAGCAAGAAUCUGGACACUGCCAAUAUGGUCACUCUUGUGCCACUUUUAGGAACCUCAACAUAGGAGCCCAGUAUUGCAUCUCACACCCGUCCACCUACGACCAGACCCACAGGUCCGCCCUGCCCCCAACAGGUCACCACACAGAGGGUUACAAGCUGAGAGUCACAAGCGUGUUUUGUGCUUCAUGAGGGAGCACCCACCCCUGAAGAAUGGGGCUGUCAGGGGCAUCUCCAGGCAUGGGUGACUGUGUGUGGGAAGUCUGUGGUUGUGACAGCCUUGCCUUGUGGUAGGUGUACGUGUGAUGAGUGGGUGCAUCUCUGCGUGUCUGACAGCUGUGAGUGUGUGGGCAAGGGGAGGGCAUGCGCGGGGGCUGGGAAGAACAGGUGCUUGUCCCCUGAAUCCGCAUGAAGCACACUCAACACAUGGCCAGGAACUGCCCUACCCACACCCCUGCACACCCAGCCUUGGCCCUUGGACACGGCUCAGGGGAGAGGAGGCUGCUGGGGCUCCAGUCCAGCCCGUACCCAUACCUCCCUUGUUGGAUUGUCCUGAGCAAACCAAAACGUGCUCACCUUUCCAAGCCUCAGUUUCUUCCUUUGUAAAGCAGAGUGAUGCCACCAAGCUUCUUGUGAGCACGGAGUGACAGUGCACUUGAAGGUUCUGGCAUGCAGGAAGAGCUCAAUAAAUGUAGUGAC